AAAUGAUGAAUUUAACAUCCAACCCACAUUAAUGAAAUGGAAGGCUUCAAAUUUUCCUGCAACAAAACUCAAGAUCGGCUGUUGGGAGAGGAAGUCAAGAAAUGAAGGUGAUAUUGUAGCUAAGUUUUACUAUGCUAGGCGAAAACUUGUUUGGGAGAUACAAGAAGAAAGAUUGAAAAAAAAGAUUGAGAUCCAAUGGACCGAUAUCUCAGCAACCAGAGCACGAUUCAUACAGGAUCAACCAGACAUUCUGGAAGUUGAGUUAAGGCAGCAGCCCAUGUUCUUUAAAGAGGUAAAUCCACAGCCAAGAAAGCAUACUAAUUGGGAAGCUUGUUCUGAUUUUACCAGUGGGAAUGCAACCACAUGCAGGAGGCACUAUCUUGAGUUUGCAGAAGGAACUUUGGAGAAACAUUAUGAAAGGCUUUUACAUUCUGAUCAUCGGCUACUUACGUUGAGUCAGAAAGUUUUUGCAAGCCAUGAUUCUCAGUUUUUUGAAACCGUUAAUAGCGACAUGCAAGAUAUGUGCAUGCUCCAACCAAAAUUUCCACCUAUUUCAAAUCAACCAUCCAGCAACUGGUGUCCACCUCAUCUGAAUCAUAUUGACAAUCAAGGGAGUGCUCCUACUCACAUGUGGACCUUUGAAUCUCAUGAUCCAGCAGUUGGUGCCAACCAUCCACUUUCACUGCUGACACCAACACCCAGAGUUAUACAAAUGAAUUCGCCAAGUUCAGUCAUGGAGUGCCUACCAACUAUGAAUCAAGGUGCAAGUUCUUUGAAUCCAAUGACAUCCUACUUGGCAGACAACUUUGCACUUAACAAUGGCAACUCUGCAACAGAUUCUACCCUGAACAGAAUGACUCAGCUUUGCAAUCAAGACAUUCAAAGUUUGAGAAGGGUCGAUGACAUAAGCGAGCGACAAAUCCAACAACUACCCUAGGACACCUGCGCGACUCCAGCUCCUAAUUUUCUUCCUCGGCGAGUCCCUGCUAAUACCUUAUUAACUCAUACAGCUGAAACAGAAAAUUUCCAUGUCCCGAGACAAGGUCAAUCACUCGAGGAGCAUUUAAUGAGCGAGUCAGAUGAUCUGGAUGCAUUUGCUGCUGAUGACUCUAGGCUUCUUUCUUCAGUAAAAUCUAUUGGGUCAGUCAUUUACUAAGAAGCACCACCAGAUUCACAACCGCAAUCCUCAAAUGAACUGGAUGAUGGUAACCAAAACACCGAUGGCACAAAGUCUCCAUUGGAAUCAAGGGACUCCAAGCAGUUAAUCCAUUCUAUGACUAAUUCCCAUGGCACCUACAAUUAAUCAUCAAACCUUCAUUAGG